AAUACCAACAUCAUAUAGAUCGAAAGAUGCAGAGAAGGAGGAGAGUGGCGUGCAGCCCCCAGCCGCCCUCAGAACCUUGUCUUUAUGGAAGCGUGCGGCCAGGUCGUGAGGAAGGGAGGAAUGGGGGAGCUGGCCAUCGGCUCUGGGUUCAGUUCCCAUUUUGCGGAGGAAAACAGAUGUGCAGUCGACAAUUAGUGGCUGCAGUCGGCGGUUAACAGCGUGAAGUGAUCACGGAUUCUUCACGUGGGACUCAAAAGGAUGUGGUGGUUAUCUUCAUUUCACAAACUGGAGGGGAUCGUAAAAUGGAAGGAAGGCCCGGACUCGCCAAGAUGGAGUCACCCUUGUCCAUUCCGCUCCUGUAGGCCUGGCUGCCGGUCGGUCGGUUCCUGUGGACAACACACAUCCCCUGCCCGCGGGCAAGAGGACCAGCAGGUGCGUGAAGGGCGGAGCCUGCUGUUAAGCCAUGUUUCAGAAUGGUUGCGGUUACUGCCGUUCCUGGGCGUACUUGCACUGCUGGGCUAUCUCGCGGUCCGUCCGUUCCUCCCCAAGAAGAAGCAACAGAAAGACAGCUUGAUUAAUCUCAAGAUCCAGAAGGAAAACCCCAAAGUAGUGAAUGAAAUCAACAUUGAGGAUCUGUGUCUCACUAAAGCGGCCUACUGCAGGUGUUGGCGUUCUAAAACGUUUCCUGCCUGCGACGGUUCGCACAACAAACACAAUGAAUUGACAGGAGACAACGUGGGUCCGCUAAUAUUGAAGAAGAAGGAGGUAUAGCGACACCGGGCUCGGCACGCAUUUGUGGAAUCACUUAACGUGAUGUUUUUCAAGGGUUUAUGUUUGAGGCUGCUUUUAGUUUGGAUCGAUACCUCACUAUGAGGUCAUCCUAAUUAAUGCUGUUGAUUUUUCUCUGAGAGGGAUCUCAGUUUAAUUUCUUGCUACAUGUACGAUUAUAUUUGAUACUUUGUAUAUUCGGAAGAAUCAUGUAUCUGUAGAAAUGGGGAAAUAAGAUUUGCCAGUAUUUGUGUCAUGUUCUGAAAGGAGCACACCUGAGGUCUUUCUAAAGAGACCGAUGUCUUUAAGCCAAUGUGGUUACUUGUUUCUGUAACAAUGCGAAUGCUUUUUCCUGCACUCUUAAUUGUAUUAUUUAUCAAAUCAUUUGGUUCUUGUCAAUCACUUAAUAAAUCAAUUUUUUUCUAA